AUGAGCGAAUCACGCAACAUAGAAGAUCUUCUACAGACGGGCUUCUUCACAACCUCUAGGGCCAAAACUCCCAAGCAACCUAGCACGGAUGCUCCGGCCGUUCCUCCUCAUGUUUCCAGCAUCUCCAAUACUACCCGACCGGCCUCCAACCCGGAUCCGCUAGUACCCAGGUCCUUCGACCCGCCAUUGAGGCUCACCCGUCGCAAACACUUUCCGCCCCCGCCAACAGUCGAAGAUGAGACCGAAGCGCUCCAAAAAGAGCACGGCAGCGCCGCCUCGCGUACGAGCGACACCGAGCCUCCAUCGCGAGGUGAUGCCGAUCAAUACCCCAUCAUAAUGGAGGUACACGAACACAAUCCCGAACGCCGAUUCGUCCUGGUGCCAAAGUCUACGAGCGGGACAGAAGAUGAAGAUUCGUCAGACGACGCCAAAGCACGCGCUGCCGAACGCUCGCGUCAUGCUAAGCCUGAGAUCAAGGGCGACUACGGAGCAAACUACGAAGCGAACACUGGCAGAAAAUACCGGUCGCCUCCAGUCGAGGAUCUGAAUCAACACAAGCGACCAGAUCUCGAAAAGAAAAAGAGCAGACAAGAGCUUUCGCGCAUUGAGACUGAUGUUAAAGACGAGGAGAUUCGGCCUCGAAAACAUGAACGAACAAAAUCCGCGACUCGUGUGGAGCAACAAUCUACCGAUUACUUCUCACCAAAGGACGACAAGAGACAGCCCAAGGAGCCUCUUCUCUCACCACAGGUGAUAAAGCAUGCAACAGGUGGGCGCGAGAAAGUGUACUACGAUUAUUCGCAGUCUGGUCGGAAUGGUGCACCGCGGCCCCAGAGAAGCCGUUCGAAUCUAGCCGAGGAUAGCAGAAGGUUCGACGACAACUACACACGGCAAAACGCAUCAUCGAACCCGCCGCCAACGCGUCGUUCCAACACUAAUAUUGACUCUCCUCCAAAGGAAUCAAGAGUUGCGUCCGGCGACAGGUUGAACGAGUCUCCUCGUUACCAACGAGAACGGGUGGUACCGCGUGGUGAACGGCCACAGAAGAAGGCUCCUUCGCCGCCGUAUGAUUGCUUGGACCGCGACCGCGACCGCGACCGCGACCGUGAGCGUGAGCGUGAGCGUGAGCGUGAGCGAGAUGGUGGCUCGAAGAGGACAUCAAAUUCCAAGCGCGAAACUCCACGACGCAGAGAUGACAGUGGCUCCAGCAGUAGCGAUUACACGCAGACUCCACGGACAGCCAAUAUUCGGCGGAGAAAGUCGAUUGUGGAACAAGAAGACAAGGACAUCUUGCUGAGUCCUGUCCAGCUUAAGCCAUCUCAGUCGGCAAGGUCAAAAUCGAGACCUCCCCCGGCAGAAGUUUUGAUGCCAUCUCCACGAGUUUCCACAAAGUCGUUCGCGGACGACAUCCCGCCUCCUCCUCCGCCUCGAUCCUCACAAACAUUCCCGGUAACAAGGGAACCCAGGGAUAAUGGGGAUGUCAAGGAGAAGUCUGUUCCAUACCCUGAUGACGACCUGUUGCCUAGAGUAAGCCGCCUCAGUGUCCGCGAUCCCGGGUCGCGUCCUUCAAGAGCGCGUUCAAGGUCUCGGGCAUCUACCUUCAACAAUCCAGUGAUAGUACCAGCGGUCAUGCCUGCCAUGCCUGCUCCUGCUGGACCACGGAGCCCAACAGAAAAAAGACGCUCGCCUGAGAGGAGGGCCAAUCUAAGUCAAACAAUUCCGCCAAUGGAAGCGUGGCCACCAGCCAAAUUUGACCCGGCCAAGGGCGCACCAGUCGUUGACGGACCCAGGGGUAGCUAUCGGCGGUAUUCGCACGAUGCAGACCGUGGCGGCGUAUCUGACUUUCCCGACUGCCCCCGGAAGAAGGGUAUUGUAGGCAAGGCUGAUUGGCUUAGUCUGCCAAGGUGCGACAACUUCAACAUCUGCCCAGACUGCUACAACGGAGUGUUUCUCAACACCGAGUUCCGCAAUGACUUUAUGCCCAUGUUAUUCCGGCCGAUGGACAAGCCAAUUGCCUGCGAUUUUGGUUCUAUUGGGUGGUAUCACAUUGCGUGGCUGUUGACGUUGAAGAAUCGUUUGACGGACUUGCGCCUGUUCUACCAGGUUGCCAACGUCACCAGCAAGGCGACUAGCAGUAUUCAGCCCUGUUCGGGAGACCGUCGAAAUACCCGCGUUUGGUACUCGAUCAAGAAUCCGUACACGCAGAUGACGAUGCCAGACUUCACCGUCUGUUACGAAUGUGCCAAAACCAUCGAGGCACUACUUCCCAACCUGAUAGGCCUUUUCGUCACGCUCCACCCCACGGCACAACCUACGAGGAGCGUGUGCUCGAUGCACUUUAAUCCCGAUCGAAAGCGUUUCGUGAUGUAUUUCGAUGCGCUUGAGACGACUUCAGAUCUCGCUCUCGCAACAACGCAAGCGCCCAACAUCGCGAAGCUUGUGACAGACAUCGAAAACCUUUCCGUGUUUGCAGAGUGCUCAAAGGACAACCCAGUCUAUGAUCAAAAUUGGCACGUCAUGCAAUUCCUCCCCCAGUUCACCGUCUGCGGUGACUGUUUCGACGAGGUGGUGGCGCCUCAACUGAGAGACGGAAACGUCAUUGCGAGGAACUUUUAUGUGAAGCCACAGCGCUUAGAAGAGGCGUCGUGUCAGCUGUAUUCUAUCAGAAUGAGGGCUGUUUUCGACAAAGCAUGCCGUCGUAACGAGCCAAAAUAUCUCGAGACCAAGGUAAUUGAGCGGCAAAAGAUGUUUACAGAGACGUACAAGAGGAUGGCAAAACUAGAGCAAGAGAGGACGCAAUGGGCGCGAGAGGAGAGCAAGAAGCUACUCGAGGAAUGGGAAAAAUGGGAAUGA